AUGGAGGAGAUGAAGCAAAUGGUUGAGAAAUUUGAGAGUGAGUUCGAUGCCUUUGAAAAACGCUAUGAGCAAUGCAUUGAACUCUCCGAAAAGAUAAAGGCAGACAAAAACGCUUGCAAACGUGACAUCAAGCACUACAAAAUGUACAUCAGGAUGCUUCGAUCCAAGCUCUCUCAGCUCGAAUCAUCUCCUAGCGUACAUGACCAAGGGGAGAUAGCUGUGAUGAAGAAUAGUUUUGAAGACAAGGUUCACGUUCUUCGAGAUAUGGAAGACUGCCUCCCCAAACAGAACGGGCUAUAUUUGAGAAUUAUCCUUGGAACCGUGGACGUUUCCUUCACGAGUAAGCAGGAUAAAUUUGAAUACAAAAACAACUACGAGAAUUUCAAGAUCACUGUCUCUGCUAUCAUUAGCAUCUACGCUCUCUUCCUUUACUUCUUCAAUCAGUACAGCAUAUUGGAUUCAAUAAUCCAUCUUCUCAUUGUUUGGUACUACUGCACUUUGACUAUCCGUGAGCGCAUCCUUAUGCAAAAUGGGUCUCGUAUUAAAGGUUGGUGGGCCAUGUAUCAUUUCAUUCUCACUGCUGAGGCGGCUGUCAUGCUUAUCUGGCCAUCAUCACGAUCCUACUCGGAGUUCCGCGAUCAAUUCAUGCUAUACGUCUUUUAUAUACUCAUUGUUCAGUGCAUGCAGUAUUACUAUCAAAUGGGCUGUCUGUACAAAUUGAGAGCUCUCGGUGAAAGACCUUCCAUGGAUAUAACUGUCGUGCCGUAUGUCGUGAUAUACAUGGCUGCCGCGAAAGCACGCUCUCUGCCGGUUUUACUCAAUGCAGUUAAUCGGAUGCAUCCUUUUAUGUUGAUGUUAGAUGGGUACAUGUCGUGGAUGUCAAGCCGGUUGUCAUUUGUGCUAGUCUUCUUGCUCAGCGCGUACGCUUUCCAGAUCCACAACGCCUAUAUUCUCUACCACAUCUCACAAGCACCCUAUUGCCAGGAGUGGCAGCCAGCAGUCGUCGGACUAAUCUACGCAUUUGUUGCCACUGGUAACCUUCUCACCACACUAAUGGUUGUGAAACAGAAGUUGGCCCUUCUAAAUCCUCGUAAACGCGGCUACCUGAGCAAAAAGUACAGCACCAGCUUCCACUCGGGACCGAAAGGAGUAUCCCAAGACUCUCGAAAAGAGGAGUAG